GGAGCCUGUAAAGAAAAAGGCAUCUGAAGAAGUUUCAGAAAGCCACUGCUUCUCCUUCCUACAGGACACUUACCAGGAAGCUGCACCUCAGAGUGGCUGGACCAGGCAGUGAUCAAAGCAUUUGUGGACAACCUGUGUGGAAGCCCAGUAAAUUAGCAGGCCAUGGAUAAAAUGAGAACACCAUUCAACAAUCCUUCUGGAAGAACCAAAACCCCAAAGAAAAAGGGGUUUGAAUUUUCUUUUGUGAAACCACUUCCAGAAGCUGCUACAGUGCCUCUCCCACCAGACCCAGAAGAAGCUGCUGAGAUGUCAGAGAACACGUUUGAGAAAAGGCCUAGCUGUGAACAGGAGGGCUUGGAGAAAGAGGUUUUUAGAGAAGAGGACAAGCAGGCUGCAGAACACACCUUGUACAACCAAUAUGAGGAAAAGAUCCGACCCUGCAUUGAUCUUGUUGACAGCCUGAGAGCUCUUGGGGUAGAAAAGGAUUUGUCCUUGCCUGCGAUUGCGGUGAUUGGAGACCAGAGCUCCGGGAAAAGUUCUGUCCUCGAAGCCCUGUCUGGUGUUGCUCUCCCCAGGGGCAAUGGUAUUGUCACUCGGUGUCCCUUGGAACUAAAACUCAAGAGGUUGCCUGAAGGCCAGGCAUGGCAAGGAAAGAUCUCCUACCAAAAUGUAACCCAGGAGCUCCAGAACGCCUCUGAGGUGGACAGAGCAAUACGGGAAGCCCAGGAUGUUGUGGCCGGUCCUAGAGGUGCCAUUAGUGGGAAGUUAAUUUCCCUGGAAGUUCGGUCCCCUGAUGUCCCAGACCUGACACUAAUUGAUCUUCCUGGAAUUGCCAGGGUGGCCGUGGGGGACCAGCCAAAAGACAUCGGGGACCAGAUCAAAAUGCUACUUAGAAGAACUAUUGGCUGCAAAGAGACAGUGAAUUUGGUAGUGGUUCCAUGUAACGUGGAUAUUGCGACAACAGAAGCUUUGAAAAUGGCUCAAGAGGUGGACCCCACUGGAGAAAGGACAAUAGGAAUCCUCACAAAACCCGACCUGGUGGACAGGGGGACCGAGGAGGCCAUCGUGAACAUACUGAGAAACAAGGUAAUCCCCCUCAAAAAAGGCUACAUGAUCGUGAAGUGCCGUGGGCAGCAGGACAUCCACAACAAACUCACCUUGGCUGCUGCAAUCCAGCAGGAGAGAAGCUUCUUUGAGAAUCACAAACAUUUCAGGGUUCUUCUGGAAGAAGGAAAGGCUACUAUCCCCCAUCUGGCAGAGAAGCUCACAAAUGAACUUGUGAAACACAUUAUUAAAUCUUUGCCAGCGCUGCAGAGCCAAAUUCGUGACACCCUGCAUAAAACAUUACAGGAUCUGCAAAGGUACAAUAGAGGCACACCCCAAACUGAGUCUGAGAAGCUGUUUUUCCUCACAGAUUUGAUCAAACUCUUUAACCAAGACAUCUGUCGGACCAUUCGGGGAGAGGAGGAGCUGUUUGGAGAUGAGGUCAGACUGUUCACCAAGAUCCGCAAGGAAUUUCGCACGUGGGGCGUGAUCCUCCUGGAGUGUGCUGCGAGGGCUAAAAAAGCUGUCCCUGGCAGAGUGUGCAAAUACGAAGACCAGUACCGUGGACGGGAGUUCCCAGGCUUCAGCAACUACAGGACUUUUGAGGAUAUUGUAAAAGAGCAGAUCAGAGAACUGGAGGAGCCUGCAAUUAUGAUUCUCAACAAUGUGAUGAAACUGGUUGAAGAGAAAUUUAUGGACCUUACUAACAAGAAUUUUGCUAAUUUUCACAAUCUGAGCAGAGUUGCCAAGGUGAAAAUUGAAGACAUUAGGGAGAAUCAAGCAGCAGAGGCCGAAAGACAGAUCCGGACACAGUUUAAAAUGGAGAGGAUCGUGUACUGCCAGGAUGACCUUUACAUUGGUGAUUUAAACUCUGUUAAGACAGAAAACGCUCCAAAUGCAUUCCUGGGGACAAAUCUGCAGUUUAUGGAUCUAGACGAGCCCUCUGUUGCCACGGAGAUGGUUUCUCACACCAGUGCCUAUUUCUCUGGAGCAAGUAAACGCCUCUCCAACCAGAUACCUCUGAUCAUCAUAUCUUCUGUCCUUCAUGACUUUGGAGAAAAUGUGCAGACCUCAAUGCUGCAACUAUUACAAGAUAAAGAGAGGUUGAACUUCCUCCUUGACGAGGACACUGAAGCUGCUAAAACCAGGAAUUACCUCAGCCAAAGAAUCGAUCGUCUGACCACAGCCUGCCAGUACCUGAGAGAUUUCCGUUUGUUGUAAUUUGUUUUUCGUGAGGUUUUUUUUUCUCCUUAUCUUCCAGCACUCCUGAAGAAUUUAAUAUAAUCCCAUAAAAAUGUGAUGUCAGCCGAGACCUUUAAUAAUAAUUUCUAGUGUUCAGUUUUCUUUAUUUUUCAUAAUCAGUUAUAUGCAAACGGAUGCCUUUGCAUAGAGUUCCACAGGUGGAGUUGUGAUUAAAUAAACAUUAUCCCAUGUUUAAACAUUUUCUUUAUAAACUCUGUGCAACCACUGGAAUAAUUAUUAAAAAGCUAACACACUUAAGAUUAUAUGUUUUGUUGGGGUUUGUUGGGGUUUUUUUCCUCUUUUUAAUGAUGGAAGCUGUAUAAUUCACAAACUGUAGAAAUCAAAUUAUCUAGCUUUCCUCAAUGAAGCUUAGUGCACGACACUCAUGAUAUCCCACUUCCCUUUGUGUUUUGGUCUUGCUGGGGUUGUUCUCUUUCCUGCCAUCACCUAAAAGACACCUCUGCAAACACAGUGGACAUGAAACCAUUCCAGUCUAGAAAGAAAGGAAAGUUUAUUUACUUUAUGUGACCAGAGGAUGCCACUGGCUCUGUUCAGUCUCCUUUCCCAGCUGUCUGAUUUGCAGAAGGGCCAGGAUGCCUCAGAUGUCUGCAGCAUCAUCUGAAAUUUUAGGACUGACAGGCAACUCACUAGAGGGCAGGAUUUAGAUGUCCAAAAGGAAAGAAACCUCCAGGACAUUAAACAUUACACAAGUGUCUCAUGUGUUCUGCUGCCUUCCUCCUUUCCCUCCCCAGGGCAAGGAGAACCUUUCCAAAAGCUCUUCCAUUUCAUGGAAGCCGAUGCAAAAUAGAUCACACACUGUGUUUAUGACAUCUUUCACAGGGGAGAUUUGGUUUAAUAACCAAAAACACCAAAAGUAAUGCCUGCAUCCAGCUAGAAAAAAUGUGCUUAUACCAGUGUGUGAUGCAGGAAUUUCCAGGUUUCUUACAAGAGAAGCCUUCCCCUCAGGGUAGCUGUGACAGAAAGUGUUUGUCCCUCUGGCAUGGAACUGCAGCUGGUAUUUUUUUUUUUGAUACAUUUUUGUACAGCAUUCACCCCAACAUCCAUGUUCCUUAACCUUGUUGAACCCCUUUCUUCCAGUACAUUGUUUUGCUAUUAUUGACUUGCAGUGCUGCAGGUCAGGAGCCACAGAAAAUGUCCCUCAUACCUGUAACAACUCAAUCUUUUCAUUUCUGUUUUGAAAGUACUUUAAACUCCUUGGUUAUUGCACAGUAUCCCCCCAUCCCCCAAGGGGCACUUGAUGCACAAAUGCUACUGAAAACACACCCAUCUCACACCUGGAGAGGAGAGACACAUUGCUGCAGGCAGCAAGAGGCAGAGUGACAAAAUAGGGUGUGACUCCCUCAAGCCACUGCCUGCAGGCUAAACUUCCUUAUUUAAUUCAAUUAACUCAGAGUCAUUUCAUCAGACACAGCCACCAAAGACACUCAGCAUUCCUGGACAUCUUGCUCUCUUUUCCCUGGGUUUGUUCAAGGACCUGAAAUAUCAGAAUUAAAAUAAUCUCUUGGCUCACCCUCUUGAGUU